GGGGUCAGAGUAUGACGAAGGAAGUGGCCUCGUUGCAGCAUAUAGGAGACGUUCACGUCCCAACUUGCAAUUCAUGGCUGGGAGAAGAAGUCAACAGUGAACCGAGGCUGGGCUGGGCGGCGGGGACAGUUCCGAAGGAGGCUCUCACACAGGCCGAACGACGCCGAACCUUUCGUUUUCCCCCCCCUUUUUCGGUGUUUUCGUGUGCUGGAUGAAAUCUGACAGUAGAGCCAGCUUGUCUUGACGUUUUUGGUUUGUUUUUGUGACGGCACAUUCAAGCUAAUUAGUCUCGAAGAAAACAACUACAGAAACGAAUACUUGAACGACCCACAAGCCUGCUUCGUCUUCCGGUGUCUAGGGUUGGCAAAGGUGAUUGGAUCGGAGCCAUGGCAGCUACUUUAUCCGCCGAGGAAGAACAGGCCACCAGACAGUUCCUGGAGGAAAUCAACAAGUGGACCAGUCAGCAUGGAGUGUCGCCGCUGUCCAGGGAGUUGGCCGUCAAGUUCCUGAUGGCGCGCAAGUUUGACGUCCUCCGAGCCAUCGAGCUGUUCCACAGCUACAGGGAAACGCGUCUCAAAGAAGGAAUUGUCAGACUUCAGCCGGAGGAAGAACCUCUGCGUUCCGAGCUGCUCAGUGGAAAGUUCACAGUGCUGAGUGCAAGGGAUCCUUCGGGAGCCUCCAUUGCCUUGUACACUGCCAAACUUCAUCACCCAAACAAGACAGGCAACCACGUCGUUCUGCAGGCACUCUUCUACCUCCUGGAUCGCGCUGUGGAGAGCUUUGAGACCCAGAGAAAUGGCUUGGUGUUCAUCUACGACAUGGCUGGAUCCAACUACACAAACUUUGAGCUGGACCUGAGCAAGAAGAUCCUCAACUUACUGAAGGGGGCGUUCCCUGCCAGGUUGAAGAAGGUGUUGAUCGUUGGCGCGCCGGUUUGGUUUCGGGUGCCCUAUAACCUGCUCAGUCUGCUGCUGAAGGAGAAACUUCGGGAGCGAGUCCAGAUGGUAAAGAUGGCUGAGCUGCGCCAGCACCUCCCCAGAGACUGCCUACCUCAGCACCUGGGCGGCCUACUUCCCCUGGACGCCUACAGCUGGAACCAGCAGUUGCUGGCAAGCCAGAACGGCCACGUGGACCCCGUAGAUGAGCUGGUGGGGAUUCCCCUGGAGGACACUUCCAUUCACGUCCCGGGAUCCGAAUCCAUGCGCCCGCAGGAGCUGCUGACACACCUGGGCAAGCUUCAGCGCUCCGGAAUCCAUCAGGAGUACGAGGAGCUCCGAAAAGAAGCGCCGCCCGGAACCUUCCACUGUGCACAAGCAGUAUACAAUCUGGAGAGGAAUCGCUACGGAGACGUACUGUGCCUUGAUCAAACAAGAGUCCAUCUGAAACCCAGACGGAACGAGAGAUCUGACUACAUCAAUGCAAGCUUCAUGGAUGGCUACAAACAGAAGAACGCAUACAUCGGUACUCAAGGCCCACUGGAAAAGACCUACGGUGACUUCUGGAGAAUGGUUUGGGAACAAAAUGUGCUUGUUAUCGUCAUGACUACCAGGACAGAGGAGGGCAGUCGGAGGAAGUGCGGACAGUACUGGCCUCUGGAGGAAGGUGGGCAGGAGGUCUACGGCUACAUAGCGGUGGUGAAUCAAAGGGUGGACAAUCAGACCCACUACAACCACACCACCCUUGAACUGCACAACACCGAGACGUGUGAACAGAGGCAAGUCAGUCACUUCCAGUACCUCAGCUGGCCUGACUACGGCGUCCCCACCUCGGCGGUAACGCUGAUAGACUUCCUGGCAGCCGUGAAGAGACAGCAGAGGAAGAUGAUAAAAGCUUUGGGGCCUCAGUGGAUGGGCCACCCGCAGGGACCCCCCAUGGUAGUCCACUGUAGCGCAGGAAUUGGUAGAACAGGUACCUUCUGUGCGCUGGACAUCAGCCUGUCCCAGCUCCAAGACGUGGGCUCGCUAAACGUCUGCCAGACAGUUCGGCGCAUGAGAACACAGAGGGCCUUCAGUAUCCAAACCCCGGACCAGUACUACUUCUGCUACAACGCCAUUUUGGAGCAUGCCCAAAGGCAAGGCCUGCUCCCGGCCAAUCAGUGAGCUCUGAUCCUGAUCAGAACCAAUUCUAUUGUUCACCCCCAAGACAUAGUCGCGUGACCAAUUAGUGCGCUCUGGAACACAAAUGCUGUGCUUUUACUUCCUGGUGGGCCAUUUGUCAAGUGUGACGACAGAGCGAACAUGAGUGACGCUCGUCCUCGCUUGACGUGUCCACCGAACAAGUGGAUGAGAGGACGUGCCGCUGUAGUGGUGGCAGACAGUAUUACGCACUUCACAGCAAAACACACACCUUAGUAGGUAUGGGCUUAAUGGCCAUAAAUAGAGCGCACUACUUGGCUGCAACCAGCAGAGGCACUGUUGAUUCAACCAGAGCUCAGCUGUGGCAUGCCUCCUCCUUAUUCAGUCAUUGAAACAGGAGUUCAGAACAUUUACAGAGAAAUCCUAUUUAAAAUAAUGAUUGAAAAAUAGCAAGUUAUUGUUUAUUUUAUGCAUAGUAUAACACAAUGACAACUUCAGCGUAAUGACUACGCAAGCGUGGGUAUUUUGAAAAAAAUGUUGAGCUUUUGGAAAAUGCCAACUUUUCUUUUUUUAAAUAUUUCAAUUAAAAAAAUACUUUAACAGCAAAACAUGUUCAAAGACAACUUAUGGAUUUUAAUAUUGUUUCAUGGCAUACAUCAUCAAUAAAAUGUCUAUCUAAUCUCCUACUAUAUUAAGAAACAUAGGCGUCAAGGCAAACGCUGUUGCUUUUCAGGCAUUUGAUUGGCUAAAUAAUCGCUUACGGUGGUGACAUUUAAAAAAAAUAAAAUAAAAUAAAAAAUACCCUCCUUUGUGUCGAUUUAAAUGACCUAAAAUGAGUGUCAGAGGGUGAGAUACACAAUAUUCCUUUUGAACAAAUGCACAAUUCUUAUCCUAGUCGGGUCCAAGUCAGUAUUUAGCACAAGUUAGGAUGUCAAGUCGCUGGUACGAAAUGACUUGACUGCUUGCCGCACAAUAUGCUUCCAAAAGUUGGGGGUGGGACAAACAACACAGCAGGGGUGCCUAGACCCCUUUCUUUUUGCCUGGAAGGAAGCGAUACUAUGACCAAUUUACUCCCAUAGUAGAUUCAUAUUAGAUUUAGUAGAUUCACCCAGAAAGGGUUGGACGCUCACUUAGCAGUAACACACACAAAGGUUUGUUUUGAGUACAUUGUGCUGCAGAGACCAUUGAAGCUGUGUAAAUCAUCAGUUCAGACCUAAUGAGUGGUGCAAUAUUUUCUCCUUACACGCACGCACACACACAGGGAUAUUAGGGCCAUGCUGCAAAGGAAAACAAAUUACAGUCAAAAGUUAUUAGAAGUUGUCUUUAGAAUUUUUGUUUUUUGUAACAUUGCAACUUUUUCUCGUGAAGUUCAUCUUCUCAUUCUCAUGACGAGAAAACACAUUCGUUAAAUCGUAUGUAUUCCUGCCUUGUGAACUUAAUCCUAGUACAAUUGUUCUUUUAAAAGAAUUGUGUUUUUCUUGUAAUUAUACAACUUUAUUUACAUAUAUUUUAUAUUCCCCCCGUAGUAAAAUUACAAAUGCAUUUUGGAAACUUUGCGUUUUUUCUUGAAAUAUUAUGGCUCUUUUUCCAAGUUAAUUUCUGUACUUUUUUUGGUAAAAAUCCAACAUUAUUCCCACAAAAUGACAACCUUAUUGUUGCUAUAUUUUUAUUUAUUGUUGUGGUAUACUGUAACUAUUCAGUAGUUUCUUUCAGUGUGGCCCUGUAUAACUCCUUCAAACACAUCUUGGCACUUUUAAUAACGACCCCAAUAUGCUUGUAGAUAACAGUGAUUGUGGGGGAUGAGACCAUGGUUCAUCGUUCCUAAAGUAAAGCUUCUGCAUCAUACAUGUGUACAUAGAAAAGAGUGGACAGGGACUUUAAAGGAGUUGGCUUAAGAAUGCACACUUGUGCCUAUACCCCUUACCUAACGUCUUUGUCGAGGGUCCCAAAUGGUGUCUGCAAUCUAUUUUCAGUACGUGUGUGUGUGUUCCAGACUGUGGUUGUUAUAAAGUUAAAUGUAUGUACAAUAUCAGAGUAUACUGUGUCAUUCAUCAUCUUGUGCAGGUCAAAACUUGUUUUUUGUGAGUUUUUUUUUUUUCUCUUAACUACAGAAUUCAUAUUGAAUUUACUUGUAGUGAAGCCUUCCAUGAUUUUACUUUGCCGAAAUGUGGCCUCUUUUUAUUUUUCUAUGCUAUUCAACCGCUGUUUUCAUACGGGAUAUACAGUUAUCUGCAUUAAUUUUAUAUAUAUAUUUUUUGUUUAUUAUAACCUAUUACUGCAUUAUUUGUAAGAUUUAUUGUACCAAGCUAUACUGUAAUAAAUACAAACGAUUGUCAA